UUUGAAAUCAUGAUUAUAUAUCGCAUGUUCAAAUGCAAGCUAAGGGUUAGUAACUAAAUUCUGAAUUUAAUAUUUAUACAAAUAUAUCAAAUUUAUAUAGUUACUAAGUUCGAUCGAAACGAUACGUAACCUUAUGGCUCAGCCAUGCUUGUACCAAGCUAGUAGUGACAAGAACUACUUUAAAUAGGAGUGCAAAUUAGCUCCUGUAGCCUCACAGGAAAAAAAACUAGUGCUAGCUCUACUACAAUGAGGGAUGAAAAUUUUAAUCUUAACAAACAAGAUGAAGAAAGUAGAGCUAUGCACUAUUGGUGGAGAUUAGCAUCAAAAUUUGAUGAGUGUGUAAAAUUCAAGUUUGAAAAAAUACAAAAUUUGUCAAAAUUGACACCAAUACUUAAAGUGCUUAGAGAAAUGGAGAGGUUAUAUUUGAUGUCCAUCGAGAGUUUUGAUGAGCUUAGACAAAAGUUAAUGUCUUAUAAAGUAGGAGACUUUUGGGUGCCAAUUGGUGGAAUUAACAAAGAGGAUUUGGAUAUUCCACCUGUGAAUACUAUAUUGUUGGUUGGUUUUCAUAAUGCUGGCAAAAGUUCACUUGUCAACCUUAUGUAUAGUGUUCUUGGUCAAUCUGGUCUCAUCCCUUUUGCACAAACUUCCUUAGGAAAUGAUUGUGGUUACACGACAUUAACGAUGGAGGAACACAAUGUGUUAAGAUCAACACGAAGUGGAUUCUGCAUUUAUGAUACGAGGGGUUUCGAUUAUGAUAGAGUUGAUGAAGCUCUUCUAGAAUUGAAAGAAUGGAUGGCUCCUGAUGGAGUCCACCAUAAGAAGUUGUGUUCCAGACAAGAAGAUCAUGUACUUGUACCAAUGUUAAAUAAUGAAUUGGAGGAUGCUUCUUCUUCUAUGUUCAUAAAGAGAAGAGUCAAUUGUGUUAUGGUGGUGGCCAAUGCUUAUGAAAUAUAUAAGUCUCUCAAACUUGAUGAUUUUAAGCCAUUGGAUGCAUUGAAGCAACUUUAUUGCUCAUCUUCACUCAACAAAUCUAAUGGGAACCCCAUAUUGAUUUUAACUCAUGGAGACAAGUUAUCAACUGAGGAUCGAAUCGAUUGUCGAUUGAAAAUAUGCAAACAUCUUGGUACCUCAGAGACUAAUGGAAUAUAUGAUAUAGUUUGUGUGACAGAAUAUGGAUUAUUAGCAGAUGAAUAUGAUCCAAUCUCAGCAUAUUCUGUAACUGAAGCUGUUUACAGAUCAUUGCUUAUUUCAGACAGAGCUCAACUUGUCAAGAAAACAUUUAAGGAUUGGGCAUUAUUUGCAUUGUCAUGUCUUAUGUGCUUUAUAGCCAGCAUUUUUGCCUGUCUGGCCCAACUUUUCAAUGUUCUGGCCCAGAAACAUAAAGGCAAGCUAAAAUGGUGAAGAAUAAGGCUCUAGGCAAAUAUUUGUAUUAGCAUAUGUAUUUGUGUUUUCUACUAAUGAUGUUCUUGCUGUUGGAUGUUUAGAUAUAAGUAAAGUAGGUUAA